AUGGCCUCUUUUCGGGGUUUCUCACGGCCUCCCGUAGCCGCUCCCCACCUUCACGUCCCGUCGCUCGUCUGCGUUCUGUUUAGCUUUUCCUUCUUCUCGCUAUGUCUUCCAUUUCUGUUCUGCAUCCAGUGCGGCGUCGCGCACGCGUCUGCAUCCGCGUCUGAGAUCAGCGCGCGCGGAGGUCACUACCGGGUGGCGCCGGUAACUGUCAACGGCUACUCCUCUCGCGUUUCGGGACUGGACGACUACGCGCUACAUGCAGCCUUGGAAGACGAGGCAUCUUUCAUCGAAAAGUACGAAGUCUACCAGCCGCUUUCCGAUAAUUCUUGGGUCUGCCGCUUCUCGCUGACUGACGGGCCGUGCGCGAGCCGCUCGUGGUCUAACAUCCCGCAGUGGCGCUUCUGUCCGAGUGAGUACUGCUGCAGCAAGACGGCCUGCUACCGCGGAUCUUGCUCCAACUGGUGCGACCGAUGGGGAAGCAUCGCGUGUGUCGUUCCAGACCACGUGUACAGCGCGGACAAGUGCACUUGCAGCACCCAUGGGCAUCGCUGCUCCAACAACGCGACGUGCAGACUCCUGCCGGGUCCGAAUGGAGGAACUUUCUGCUACUGCAACCGCGGCUACAUCGGCGACGGACAAACCUGCGAGUCAGACCCAUGCUACUCCCAGCCUUGCAGUCCAGGAGCCUGCUCGAGAUCCGGCAAGACGUACACCUGCGCGUGCCCCGUAGGCUACACGCAGGACACGUCCUCCGGACAGGCCAAGUGCGUCGAAAAACGUGACUACUGUCGCUCGGCGCCUUGCGGCCCAGACGCCACUGUGUAUGACUGCGUGAGCUUUGACAGCGGGACUUACGAGUGCAUCUGCAAGGAAGGCUACGCCUUCAACGGGGUAAAGUGUGAAAAGCAGGACUGGUGCAAGAACAACGCCUGCGGAGACCCGACGGCCGUGUAUGACUGCGUCUCGAACGAACUCGACUACACUUGCCACUGCCAGAAGGGAUACGUGGUAGCCCGCAACGACAACGGGCAGGCAAAGUGCGUCAGAGCCGCCUGCGCCGCGGAUCCGUGUGGCCCGUCGAAUCUGGUGAAGUCCUGCAUCGACCGCGAGGACGGCACCUACGCGUGCAUCUGCUCCGACAUCGCCGAGCUAGUCACAGACGAAGAGACUAAGCAGGUGUCAUGCCAGCGCGCCGACCCCUGCAAAACGAAUCCGUGCGGGUCUGAGUCGGCUGUUCAACAGUGCUUCGUCGACGGCUCCACUUACGGCUGUCUCUGCACCUCGGGCCACACAGCCAUCACAGAUGAAUCCGGCCGGCGCAAGUGCGUCCAGGGGAACCCCUGCGAACUCGGCGUCUGCGGCCCCGACAAAGCAGUGGAAAACUGCUCAACCGACGGGCAGGCGUACACGUGCGAAUGCACGCCGGAAGCUAUCCUGUCCACGAGCUCCAAAGGCCAGCAGUCGUGCGUGAUGCGAGACGAGUGCGAAGCCAACUGCGGAGCCGCUGAAGGCGUGAUGCGCUGCCAGAAGAUCUCCGACGACAAGUGGGACUGCCAGUGCAAAUCCGGGUAUCUUCUCAAGUAUUCGAAGGGAAAAAGACUGUGCAACAAGGCGAACGCCUGUUCGGUCAACCCCUGCGGAACUUCCGACGCGGUCUCAGACUGCCAGCCACACCCCGAGGGAUCCGGAUACAACUGCAUCUGCAACCAGGGCUUCGAGUUGCGCACCCGAGCGGACAACACGCAACUCUGCGCCAGACCCAACAGUUGCAUAGGAGAUCCCUGUGGAAAGCCGGAAGGCGUCUCCCUGUGUCUCCCGACGAAGGACAGCUACCAGUGUACCUGCAACUCGGGCUACUCGCUGGAAAACUACAACGGCAGACAACGGUGCGCGUUCGUGGGCGAUUCGAGCUCGAGCUCGGAGAAGUCCGAGUACGACAGCACUGAGGACGAGGAAAGCUCGGGAUGGUCCGCGGCUCAGUACGCGGGAUGCGUCAUUGGCGGCCUCGUUGUCCUCGUGGGUGUCGGCUACGGCGUCAGAUACAUCAGGUCCAGCGACGACGAGGACGAGGAGGAACCCCCUGGGAUGCCUGGCAUGCCUGGAGCACCCGGCAUGCCUGGAAUGCCUGGAGCGCCUGGAAUGCCUGGAGCGCCUGGAAUGCCUGGAGCACCCGGAGUGGCGGGCAUGGGCAUGGCCCCCGGCAUGAUGGGGUCGCAGAUGUAUGGCUCGCCCAUGAUGGCUCCCAUGGCGGGCGGCAUGUCGCCCGGCAUGAGCCAGCGGGCGUCCUUCGCUGCCAUGGGCCCGCAGCCGUCGUUCGGCCGCUGA